AACACAGUCAGCAAAUCCUUCUAGAUGCUUCGCUGACGAGAACCAAUCAUCGGCCCAAGCUGCGUUCCAUUAUUCCAAACGCGCGCACUCCUUACGCGUGUACAUGGAGUGCUCGGAGAGCCUUCGGUUGCAUUGCAAAGCUGCGAAAACAAAAAGCAGGCCUUAUCCACAUCGGGGCAGACCAGUGGCCUAUACUACGAAGCCGGUUUUCUGGCUUAGCAGGGUAACUUCGAGAGUAACUUUAUCACGUGCGACGUAAGUUCGCGGCUAUGCGAGACUACGAAAGGUGGAUAUGUUGGAACCGAGAAGUGUUGCCAUGGCAACACACGCCACACGCCAAACCUGGUCGUGUCAGAGUUAGAUCUUGCUUAACAUCAGGAUUCCAAUUAACCACGCUCUAUUUAAACAGCAGUCCUCCGCGGACGUGUCCUCCUGACAAUGACAGCGUACUUGGACGACCCAUACGACAUUGGCGCGCGGAUUGUGAGGGGCUCUCUCCGGAGGGCACGGGUAUUUCGGGACCGCCAGAAUCCGCUGGCGUACCCGGACGAUGUACUCCACGAAAGAUAUAGAUUUUCAGCUGAGGGACUACGUUACCUGUGCCAGCUGAUCGAGGCGGACAUAACUAAUGUAACCCGCCGAAGUCAAGCCUUCACAACCGCGCAAACUGUGUGCCUGUCCUUGCGCUAUUUUGCCAGCGGACAAUAUAUGUAUUCCAUUGGUGAUGCUGAACAUCUGAGUAAGAACACUGUAUGCCGUGCAAUUCGGAAAGUGGUACUUGCUCUUGCUAAACUGGUGGAUGCAUUUGUCGUGUUCCCUGGCCAUCUAACUGCACUUCAAAUCAAAGAAGGCUUCUAUGCAAUCGCGGGUUUCCCAAGAGUAAUAGGAGUCAUUGAUUGCACCCACAUCCCCAUUAGUGCAUCCCUGGGAGAGCAUGAGGGGGAUUUUGUGAACAGGAAGUCCCAACAUACCAUAAAUGUGCAGAUGACAUGUGAUCACCAGUACAUGGUAACAAGUUUGGAUGCAAGAUGGCCAGGGUCUGUACAUGAUGCUCGCAUUUUCCGGGAAUCACUACUUUCACAGGGAUUCCAAGAAGGGCGUUUUGAUGGAUUACUGCUGGGGGACCGUGGCUACCCAUGUCAGAAACACCUGAUGACACCAUUUGCAGACCCCCAAUCAAAGGCUCAGAGAACCUUCAACCAUGCCCACAGUGUCACCAGGGUCAGAAUGGAGAAUACAUUUGGCAUUUUGAAGGCCCGAUUUUCAUGUCUUAAAGGCCUUCGCGUGAAGCCUGCGAGGGCCUGCCAGACAAUAGCAGCAUGUGUGGUACUGCACAAUAUAGCCACAAUAAGGAAAGAGAGAGUACCAGUUCACAAUCCUCUCCCCCCAGAUGUCACUGACCCCAUGACCCUUGACCAUCCCACAGGACGUGCAGUGAGGGAUGCAAUUGCCGAACAAUUCUUCAAUUAAUGACAAAAUUGAAAUAAAUAUGACAAGAAUGAUGUGUUGCAAUACUCAUUUAUUAGUCUUCCAUGCCUAUAAAGAGAACAUGAAGGCAAACUAAAUGAUACACAUUAAUGGAGUGAUGAUAUGUACAGGUUAAUACCAUUUUGUCGUGCUCCAGCUUUUCAA